AUGGAGACUGGCACCUACACCUCUGGCCCAGUCAUGACUGACUGGGUUGGGACGCCGGCUGGCCUGGAGGGUAUGGAAGUCCUCCAGAAGCAUGACGAAGGAGCCCCAUCCAUCAGUCCUAUGUUCUGGCACGUACCGUACUCACUGGGCUUCCAGGUGUCGCUCACCACCUUCCUCAUGCUGGAGCUGGUGUUGGGAUUUAGCAGCAAUCUGACCGUGUUGGUACUCUACUGCUCUCAGUCCAAUCUGGUGGACUCAGUGAGCAACAUGGUGACUGUUAACCUGCAUGUGCUGGAUGUGGUGGUUUGUGUCCUUUGUGUGCCCCUCACUCUGGUGGUCGUGCUUCUCCCUCCAGGACCAAACCUGGCUUUGAUCUGCUGCUUCCAUGAGGCAUGUGUUACAUUUACCAGCAUUGCCACAGCCGUCAACAUCCUGGUUAUCAGUUUGGACCGAUAUGACAUCUCUGUGCGACCGGCUAACAGGCUGCUAACGACACGCAGGGCGGCUCUGCUCCUGGCUGCGGUCUGGGUCACCUCUGUUGCAGUGUUUUUCAUGCCAUUCUUAGAGGUGCAGUGGCCCAGUGCAAAUGAAAUAGAGGAAACAAAGCAGAUGACCCCCCUGUCUUUGUCCUCACAUGACGUUAGCAGCACAGCGGUGCCAGCAUGGCAUAACAGGACCCUCCUAUGUGUUGGUGGUCAGGGCUCUCACACAGGUCCUGCUAUGUAUUACCAUCUUAUCCUGCAGGUGCCCAUCUUCUUCACCACAGUGGCAGUAAUGUUGUUCACCUACUCCAGAAUACUGAGGGCACUGAACAUUCGCAUUGGCUCCCACAUGAGGAGAAGUCAGAGGUGCAAGAGGCGCCGCAAGAGACAAAGGAAGAGGAAGACAGGACUUACAAUGAACGAAUGGGAGGAGGCAGGAGGAGAGCAGUGCACCAUAGAUGGGACCAAACAACUCAACCAUCCUCCACUCAUUCCAUCUUCAUCCCCCACCCCAACAGCUACUUCCCCCCCUGCCAUGUCCUCUGCCGCUCCACUGGUGACCUCUGACAUGGCUGCUGCCACUCCCCUGCCAGCCACCAUGGGUGUCCAGGCCUCUGUAUCAGCCAUCAUUGCUCUGCGCCGGGCAGUACGACGCCAUCGAGAUCGACGGGAGCGCCAAAGACGGGUGUUCAGGAUGUCCCUCAUCAUCAUCACGACCUUUCUCGGCUGUUGGGCUCCCCUCUCUGUGACCAACAUGCUAAUCCUGAGCAUUGGGCCCAGCGAUGUCCUGGUCAGCCUGCGCCUCUGGUUUCUAGCCCUGGCUUAUGGCACCACCGUGUCUCACCCAUUGCUGUAUGCCUUUACUCGACAGAAACUACGACGCGCACUUCGCGCCAAAGUUAAGAAGAGGGUAGUGUCCCUGCUCCAGGUAGACCCCUCCCCAGGGGGCACAGUAAUACAUAACUCCUGGGUGGAGAACAGAAAAAGCAGCAGACAGCUGCGGCUGGAAGCAAACGAAGGUGCGGAUCGCCGCCCGGCAGAGGCCCUGUGAGACCCAAAUGCACAGAUAAAGCUAGCAUCUUUACAAAACAGAAGAGACACAGGUGUGUUUUAAUAGGAAACUCACAGAGGACAAUAACACAC